AUGCCAAAAUGCCAAUCAAUCCGUGGUCACUCCAAGCAGCCUGGCUGGUUGGCGCCUAAGCCAGGUACGCUCAGCUCCAGGCAACCGGUGACUCCUCGGCUGCUUUUGGCCGAGACAAAUACCGUCUCCAAUACUUGCGUCACUGAAAAUUCGACGGUUUCGGAAACUUCAACUGCGGUUUCUACUACCACUGUCCCUCCUAUCAUCAAGCCUGAUUCUGUUCUGUUGCCUUCCCUACUCGAUUACUACCGCGAUUAUUCCAGCCGUAUUUAUGUCGAAUUUGUGGAGACAACUCGCUACUCCCACUGGUCUUGUCCCACGAAUGGGAGUCGUGUUUUUUUGAUAGACCAGACACUGCUUUCUGGCCCUAGUCAAAGCGGCCUCGGUUCCUGUCCCCCACUGUCUAACGUUGGUAACAUUGCCUCGGUUGGUAAAGACGGAGGGAGUGUACAGGCUCCACUUCUAACAUCGAACCACCAGCAAACAAAUGGACUUAGCUUCGGAGAUGGACGGUCAACUGUGCCAACUGAUUCUUGGAUGUACAGUUUUGUCCUUUCCCUCUCUCUAAAGGCAUCGCACGCUAACAUUAUUCGUUGCCUAGCUGCGUACCUCAAUCAUCCACCUGACAGACUUCAGCUGCUACGCCCUCCUCCUGCUGGUUGCGUCACUUCCCCCGCUGGUUUUAUAUUACCUGGCUAUCAUGCAAAGCUGCCUCUACAGCCACCAUCUUUUGGAUCCAAUUUCCAACAACAGCAGCCCCAGCAUGGAGGCCUGAUACCACCUAGGAUGUUGCUUGACUUCUUCGAGCACCAAACUUCCACAGGUCAGCAGCUCUGUCCUGUGCCUUCGAACUUCGAAGGAAACCUUAAACAGCUAUUAUUCACUCCAACAUCUGGCUCCUCUAUUGGUACUGGUGCACAGUCCGUAGCUAAUUUAAUUCCAACGGGUCAGUUUGGCUCGCCCUUCUGUCCGCGGUCUGGCCAUAUUCUCGGCGCCAACCAUACUGUGGGAAUGGGUAUGGGUUUAUCUGACAACAGUGCAACCUUACAUCACACGCCACAGCAACCACAAUGCUUGGGUCAGACCCUCGGAACCAGUGGAUUGAUGAAUGGUAUAACCACUGCAGCUUCAGUCGCUGCUAACCAGAACAUCCAAGCCCGACUAUAUUUUCAGCGUCUAUCUCUUUCCAUCACUGAGCUAGAGAGCCUCUGUCAAUUGCGCUGUAGCUAUGUAGAUUCAAGCCGUAUCCAAGAGGAGGCAGAUCUGUUGCUGGUAGUCGACAAGACUGCCACUGUCGCAGAGCUUUUGAAAGUGGCCAGGGAACAGCUACAGGGCGUUGGACUUCUGCCUCGAAUGGUUGAAUCUCAAGACCAUGUCGCCUCUUGUUGUAUGGCUUUCUCAGAUGCUGUCUCUGCACACUCCCCUAUGUUCUCUUCAUCUUCAACUUCCUCUGCUGCUGCCGGACAGGCGACUUUCGGAAAUUCUAAUCAGUCUACAGCAUUAUCAGAUCCAAUUACCAUAACGGGUUCUUCGCUCUUCUCUGCUCAAAUAACUGGCUCAGUGGCAACUGUUUCACCUACUAAUACCAUGACCACUUCGCCAAGCACAGCCUCUCCUUCGCGGUCGCCCGCAUCGCUAACGCCACCACCAGGUCAAACUUCAUCUAUGGAUGAACGAGUAAGACUAGCUUAUCUUCCGAUGUGUAUGAUUAAAUAUUCAUCCUUAUCUCGUUUUUACAAACAUGUAUUUAGAUGA